CGCCGAGCCGAGUACUCCACCGCCGGGAUUCCGCCGCCAAUAGACAAAAAAGAGCGAGCGUACAUAUUCCAUAUCAGUAUUAUCACUAAACCACAAUCUCUCUCUAUUAUCGGAUCAAAAUAACUCCUCAAAGCUUCUACGAUCAAAUCUCUAACUAGCAGGUAGUAAAAAGCUCUGGAUUUGUUCUAUUUAGUGCUUACUCGGAUUGGUGGAAUCUUGAUAUCUCAGUUGUUGUAGCUAUGGCAUUGCACGUAGAUCAUAAGGCCACCAUCAUUGAUGGAAAAGCAAUCGCACAAACAAUUCGUUCUGAAAUCGCCUCUGAAGUCAGUACCUUGAUUGAGAAAUAUGGCAAGGCACCAGGACUUGCUGUGGUGAUUGUGGGGCAUAGAAAAGACUCUCAAAGUUAUGUAAGCAUGAAAAGAAAAGCAUGUUGUGAGGUUGGAAUCAAGUCUAUUGACAUAGACCUUCCAGAACAAGUACCUGAAGCUGAAUUAAUCGCAAAGGUCCACGAGUUAAAUGCAGAUCCAAACGUACAUGGCAUAUUGGUUCAGCUUCCUUUGCCAAAACACAUAAAUGAAGAAAAAGUGUUAACAGAAAUCAGCAUUGACAAGGAUGUGGAUGGGUUUCACCCUCUCAACAUUGGGAAACUUGCUAUGAAAGGAAGAGAUCCCCUUUUUCUUCCUUGCACCCCAAAGGGUUGUAUAGAGCUUCUGAAACGCAGUGGAAUUAGCAUAAAGGGAAAACGUGCAGUUGUUGUUGGUAGAAGCAACAUUGUUGGGUUACCAGUUUCACUUCUUCUGUUGAAGGAAGAUGCAACAGUUACUGUUGUUCAUUCGCGUACAGAGGAUCCAGAAAGUAUGAUCCGUGAGGCGGAUAUUGUUAUUGCUGCAGCAGGACAACCCAUGAUGAUAAAGGGUAGUUGGAUAAAAAGUGGUGCUGCGGUUAUUGAUGUGGGGACGAAUGCGGUGGAUGAUGCUAGCAGAAAAUCAGGAUAUAGGCUUGUGGGUGAUGUUGACUUUGACCAAGCAUGUAAAGUUGCGGGAUGGGUUACGCCUGUUCCAGGGGGUGUGGGGCCCAUGACUGUGGCCAUGCUGCUUAAAAACACUUUGGAUGGUGCUAAGCGGGUGAUUGGGCAGUAAACUAAACUAACCGAUUUGAUUUCAACUUGUUUCGGUUUUUGUUACAAGAAAUCUUGCAUAUCAUGUAUGGUGUUGUAGCUCAUUUUAUAUUUUGUUUUGAAUCAUAUUGUGAGUGUAUAAUUAUGAGUAUUGUCCAUUUUUAUUUUACAAUGGGUUGGGCUUUUUGAUUAUAA